UUUUGUGGUGCUCAACAAAGGCCAAAUAUUCACAAGCUACCUCGUGGUUGUUUGGGUUGCAGUCUGUCUGGGGAUCGUGGCUAGAGAUUCCGAUUCGUGGGGUAAAGAGAGAUUUGGUGAUAAGUGGCCUUCGAAUAGAUGGAAAAUUUUUCCCGGCGUUUAUUAAAACCAUAUCUAUAUGCACUUUUUUUCAAAAAAAAUUUGCCAGCAACUAUAGUCAAGCAAAGGACUGUCAUAUUUUGAGAACGGUUGAUGAGAAAAUUAUGGAUUGG